AUGCCGACCGCAAGUCAAUGGCAGAUUAUAAGGAAGGUGACUAACCCAAAUUUGGAGGCCAGAUCCGCAAUAGAGGUACCGUCUACUUUGGCAGACAAAUUGAAAUCCUUACAAAUCAAAGAUGAGGAAGAUGAUCCUCUGGGAUUAAAGACCUUGAAGAACAGAAUAACAGAGGGCAAAUCAGGGAAUCAUCACAAGAAAACCGAAGACCCAGCACCAGAGAAUAAAGAUUGUACAAGGGAAACUCAGAGAGUUCUAGAAAAAUUACCAAAACGAUUACAGAGCAAUCUACUACGUCUUGGGUUCAGAAAAUCAAUGAGGAACAUGAAACGAAGUUUCGGACAAUUAGUCGAAGAUGAAAUUAAAGAAGAAUUCAAUGAAACAGACGAACUUAUCAAACAACUACAAACCCGACAAAAUAUCGUUCCAAUAAAAGACAUGAAACCACCAGAUCUUAAACCCAAGGCCGUGUGUUUCUCUAGUCUUGGUAUUGAACCUACACAUCUUGAAGUGAAAAAGGCCGUCGAUCGCUUACUGACCACCUACCCUGAAAUCCGACUAACUACUAUCGAGUUUCAACCACGUUUUAAAAUGGUCAAAACUGAAACCAGCGAGAAAAUAAGUCGCUGGGUCAUAUCUUUUAACACUGAGUGGGGUAGAUCUAGGAUGACAAAUCAAGAACUGAUAUUAAAUGGUGAAGAAAUUGUUUUAAAGCGAUAUGACGAAGUAGUAAAGUCGGAAUUCAAACAAGCUCGUAGAGUAGCUGAAAUAAUGAUGAUAGUUAAGAAUGCCUAG